AUGGGCAAUGACGCUACAAUCAACGAGAUUGAGGAGGUUUGGUAUUUCCUGGCGAGCGUCGGCGGAGCGAUGCUCGUCGUUCUUCUCGUCCAAGACAUUUCCAAGUGGUGCAGAGAUAACCUAUUCGAGCGACGCAUCGAGAAAACCCGCGUGAAAGCCCUUGUCGCCUAUCAAGUCUUUCUGAAAAUGGAAGAGAGUCUCCGCGAAGAAAUUCUACGCGAGCGUCGCGAGUACGAAAAGACUAAGACAAAUGCUUGGAGCCUUUUUGUGCACAAGGGUGAACGGAUCGAUCAAGAGGAAAAGGCGAUUGAGAAGGGUAAAGAGGAGGUGAAGCAGAUGAGGGCCGACCUAGAAAAGGAAAAAGGCGAGGUGGAGAAUAUGAAGGCGGAUGUUGAGAAGGGUUUGGAGGAGCUCCGGAAGAUACGUGCUAAGAUCAUCGAGAAGGCAGAUGAGGUUGGCGGCUCUAGCAACAGGGUUAAAGACAUGGACCGCAAGAAUCGUGAGCUGGAGCAAUAG